CUUCCUUACUUUCCUCUUCCUCUCCUACUUAAAAACUUCUGCUUUCAUGGCUUGUUGAGGUCAUCGCCGUUUUCUUAUUCUCUGGAUUUUGCUUCUGUUUUUUUCUUCUAGUCCUCAAAAAUGGCCGUCGAUCUUAUGAGCUUUGCAAAAAUGGAAGAUCAGAUGGCUGUACAAGAGGCCGCAUCACAAGGCUUGAAGAGUAUGGAGCACCUGAUUCGCCUCAUGUCUCACCAAUCUAACCACGUGGAUUGCACGGACCUCACUGACCUCACCGUCUCGAAGUUUAAAAAAGUCAUAUCUCUUCUCAACCGGACCGGUCAUGCCCGAUUCAGACGCGGACCUGUUCAAUCUUUCUCCCCUUCGUUGUCAUCGGCACCAACUGGUUACGCCUCUCGUCCCCAGAAUUUAAAUCAAGCUCCGACUCAUGUUGCUGCUCCGGCUACUGUACAACAGGCGCCUGCCGUCCAUACGGUGGCAGCUCCUCAGGUUCCGAUCGCGGCUCCGGCAAGCUUUGUUCAGUCACAGCCGCAGAGUUUGACUCUCGACUUCACAAAACCGAGCAUAUUCAGCUCGAAUGGUAAGAACUCAGAGCUUGAGUUCACAAAAGAAAGCUUUAGCGUGUCAUCGAGCUCAUCUUUCAUGUCCUCGGCUAUAACUGGAGACGGCAGCGUUUCAAAUGGGAAGCAAGGGUCCUCGAUUUUCCUGGCGCCUGCGGUCUCCGGCGGCAAGCCCCCUCUCUCAUCGGGGCCAUACAACAAGAAGCGGUGCCACGAGCACGAUCAUUCCGAUGAUAUGUCUGGAAAGUUCUCCGGAUCCACUAGCGGGAAGUGCCAUUGCUCCAAGAGAAGGAAAAAUCGGGUGAAGAAAACGAUCAGAGUCCCAGCGAUUAGUUCGAAAAUAGCCGAUAUCCCUCCGGACGAGUACUCGUGGAGAAAGUAUGGUCAAAAGCCAAUAAAAGGAUCACCAUACCCACGGGGAUAUUACAAGUGUAGUACUGUUAGAGGGUGCCCAGCUAGAAAGCACGUAGAACGGGCUAACGACGAUCCGAAGAUGCUGAUUGUGACAUACGAGGGGGAGCACCGUCACGCCCAACACGCGAUGCAGGAGAACUUGAGCGGUGGUGUAGGGUUAGUGUUCGAGUCAACGUGAAACAUAGAGAAAAGAGUAAUAAACAAGUAGAAUAGGAAAAAAGAGAAAUUAGACUUGAGUACGAUCGAGGUGGUUGGGAUUGGAUUGUAAAUUUUCUUAAUCGGAAGGAAGAUAGAUGGGCAGAAUCUCCAUCUGCCACGAUGUUCAAAGUAAUUUGAAAAAAAAAAAAUCUAAUUUGUAAACUUUGUUUUUCAGUUUAA